UGAAUACGAAAUAGAUCUUCACUACAAUCCCACGGCUUCUCUACCUCUGCAUCCGGUCACAAAACUUCAUCUACUUGAAGAUGGUUAACCCGCUUUCGGAACGAAAUUGACCAUCAAACAACUCGCUUGCUGACACCUGACACGCAGAGUUUUUAAAAAAUUCAAGAAAAGAAGACUUCCCGAUCCUGCGUUUCUCUGUGAAAUUUUGGUCGCCUUGCUUUUUGGUCGCCUUGCUUUUCCUUUCAGGACCCCACAGAGACCACUAUCGUUUUUGGUUUUUCAGUUCUUUUCAAACCGCAUUAACUAUUUGUUUGAUGGAAAUAAUUUGAAAUACUCAACCUGGGUGUCUGUUUUUGAUGCACGAUACACCGUCAGAUCCUUCUGGGUCGGGACAAAACCUGCCAAAAGAACUUGCGGUUUCUUCCGAAUUUGACUUUUGGCAUUUUUGGGACGGAUUUUUCUGCUCUAAUUUGUAAUUAUUGAAGAGUUGCAAGGAGUGCAUUGCGUUUCUUCUCCAUUUCUUUCCUGUAAAGGUUGUUGUUUGGGCGAAGAGACGGAAAGGGAAGAAAAGAGAAGUAUGAAGGGUGUUGUCCAUGCGAGAAUCGCUGUUGCUUUUUCAUAGAAUUGUGAUGUUAUCUGAUCUGGGUCUCGACCGCUUGGGCCGUUUUUGGUUGCAGGCUCUGCGAUUUGUUUGAGGUAAAAGCUUUCCUGAGUAUGAGCGGAUAACAUUUAGCCUUAUGGGUUGGUUCAGCAAAAUCUUUAAAGGCUCGAGUCACAAAAUCUCGGAAGGCCAUUAUGAUGAAAAUUAUGGGACGGAUCCUUCCUACGAUGCUUCUUCCACUUCAGGGGAUAACUUGUCGGACUAUGAGGCUGAAGAUAUAGAUCGUGCCAUUGCGCUAUCCCUUUUAGAACAAAAUCAGAACAGAGCAAAUUUUAUUGAUAAUGAAUCUCAGUUGAAAGAAGAUGAACAACUUGCCAAAGCUAUACAAGAAAGCUUGAACUUUGAAAGUUCACCUCAGCAUGAAGACGAAAGUGUUCCUUCCCCACAUGAAAAUGCUUAUUCUCCUCCCUCAUAUGGAAGUGGAUAUUCUCCUCCACGAUAUGGCAAUGCAUAUCACCCUAUGCCAAUGCACUAUCCAACAGGCUACAGGAUCUGUGCUGGAUGCAAUACAGAGAUUGGUCAUGGACGGUUUUUGAGUUGUAUGAAUGCUGUUUGGCAUCCUGAAUGUUUCCGCUGCCACGCUUGCACCCUACCAAUUUCUGAAUAUGAGUUCUCUUUGUCGGGCAAUUAUCCUUACCAUAAAUCUUGCUACAAGGAGCACUACCACCCAAAGUGUGAUGUCUGCAGCCAUUUUAUCCCUACAAACCUUGCUGGUCUUAUUGAGUACAGGGCUCAUCCCUUUUGGAGUCAGAAAUACUGCCCUUCUCACGAACAUGAUGGGACUCCCCGAUGCUGCAGUUGUGAGCGAAUGGAGCCACGAGAGACCAGAUAUGUUUCUCUUAAAGAUGGUCGAAAGCUCUGUCUCGAGUGUUUUGACUCAGCAGUGAUGGACACAAAUGAAUGUCAACCACUGUAUGUUGGUAUCCAAGAAUUUUAUGAAGGUCUAAACAUGAAAGUGGAGCAGGAAGUUCCUUUACUUUUGGUCGAGAGACAAGCACUAAAUGAAGCAAGGGAGGGAGAGAAACACGGCCAUCAUCAUAUGCCUGAGACAAGAGGACUGUGCCUCUCUGAAGAACAAACAAUCGGCAUGCCAGGAGUCAGGGGACGUCGAAGAGCAGGCACAAUAACAGAACCUUAUGAACUGGCACGUCGAUGUGAAGUGACUGCAGUUCUAGUCUUGUAUGGCCUUCCAAGGUUGCUGACUGGAUCCAUACUGGCUCAUGAAAUGAUGCAUGCUUGGUUGCGACUAAAAGGUUACCCCACUCUUCGUCAAGAUGUCGAAGAAGGGAUUUGUCAAGUGCUAGCUCACAUGUGGCUGCAUACACAACUGACGUCUGGAUCAAGCCAUAACUUUGCGUCGACCUCCUCAAUUUCAGGUGCUUCCAGAGCAGCUAAGAAAGGUGCGAGAUCUCAGUUCGAGAGGAAGCUAGGGGAGUUCUUUAAACACCAGAUAGAGUCAGACACUUCCCCGGUGUACGGUGAUGGACUUAGGGCCGGUCUACUGGCUGUGCAUAAGUACGGUCUUCGAAGGACACUUGACCACAUCCGAAUGAGAGGCAACUUCCCAUACUGAUCAACCAAACAUUGCUCACAUUCUUUUUUCUGUUUUCCUACUGAAAUGAAAAGGCAUGGCCUUUCACGCUGAAAAUAAUUUCGAAUUCACGUAGCCAUCAGCUUGCUAUGAGAUCUUUAAAUUGCCAUUCGAUUGUCGUUAUAUGGCAUAAUGACAUCUCGAAUCAUAAGCGAUGUAAUUUAAUAAACACGGUUACUUUUCUA